UUUGAGCAGGAAGCACCAGUGACAGAGCUCGUGGUGUGGUAAGGCGGCGGCACACUGGGGAAAAAGCGCCCAGUGUGCAGCUACCUUUAUACUGUGGCUGGUGAAUAGACGGCGCUCAACAGGAUUCAGUCAAAGAAAGAGAACAGGAGUCAUGGAAACAGAAAAUGUCAACAGAAAUGAACAAUAAAGUAACAGUACACACAGAAGAAAGAUGAAGCAUCACAACAGAGUAACAUCGGUGUUGAUAAUGUUCAUGGUGGCUGCCGGUACCCUCAUGUGGCGUCUCCUUCACAGUGACCAGGUCUCUCGUAAAGACAACAGCGGAAGGUCAAAUCAGAUCCAGGUCAGCGAGGAAGAGUCAGCUGGCCAGGUGAUUAGAGAGAGGGCUGAACACCUGGCCAGGGAGUGUCGGCGACCUCAAGUGAAACAACUUAACCCGGCUCGACCCUGGAUGAUGAGAAUACACACCCUAGUCUGUCCCAUCCCCGUGUGUGUUGCUCCUAAGGUUGGAUCAACAGCAUGGAAAUCCUUCAUGAGUCAAGCGUGUGCAAGGAUUCCAGGCAGCCUACAAGACCUAAAGACUCUGGUUGUGAGGCAUCCUCUUGGUCGUCUGGUUUCAGCUUACAAAGACAAGUACCUAAAUGGGUCUCCACUUAAUACCUACGACAAGGCCUACAGGAAAGUAACGGGAAGUCAUCAGACGUGGAAUGAUAGAUGGCAGGAAUACUGGCUUCCAGCUCUCAUACACAAAGGAUCCGUCGCACCUUCCCCUCAGUACCUCACAACACUAAAAAAGGUUUCGCAGGCAUAUGGCUUUCUGACAGGGAAGCGUUUUGGGACGUUUAGCCGCCAUCGUCUUAAUGAAACCAAGAAAGCAUCGUCUAACCCCGAGAGAAAGUUUAUAACGUUAGCCAAGAAGAUGCUGACAGUAGGCAAACACGUUGGUGUCGUUGCUGCUGUCAACAUUGGGUACUCCACGACGGAACAAAGUAAACUAAAGAAGUAUUUCAGUAACGCCUCCUUCACUAUGGCAGAGUUCCUUGAGCACGUAUUAUGGACCAGGGACGUGGACCUGUUAGACCAUCACUGGACCCCCAUUAGCCAACUGUGUGGUCCAUGUACAGCUGACUACAAGUACAUCGUGCGGCAUGAGAACCCCAAGGAAGCGGAGUACCUUCUGGGCCUCCUGCACCUUCAGGAAAACACCAUUCCGAGGAAACACAAAUCCAUCGGAGCAUUACAUGAUAAGUCUGACCUUCAGUACUUUGAAGACGUCCCCAAAGACUUAAUGGCCAUAAUUAUUGAUAUGUAUAAACAAGACUUUGAUUUGUUCAGUUAUGAUAAAAUCAGUAAAUAAAGUAAGGAAAAUAUAGAUAUAGCAGACAACCUUAUGUUAAGUCAAAUAUUUGCAAGUUAAAAAAAAGGUCGACAAGAAGAUAAGGUGAAAAAAAAGAACAAUUUUAACAUCUGUAUUGUUAACUUUUCUGACCCACUCACUGCAGUACACAGAUAAAAACAACAGGUUAAUAAGAUGAGAAUUAAAACGCCAUCUACAUACAGUACAUAGCGCCGGCACAGUGGUCACCAACCCUCCACAGUUCCUGAUAAUAGAGACUGUGUUGGCCACUAAGGAGAACCCUUUCUCAGUAAACAACGGGACUUCCUUGAACCUUUUCUGUUAAGUAAAUUUCCUUUCGUCUUCAUAGACCAUUUUCUGUGAUCUUGUCAUGUAUGAAUUUCGUGUUUUAUCAUAUUUCUGAUAUUGACAUUAAAAAAAUUAUUUAGCUAGAAAAAUACAGACGCUGUGCAAAGCGGACAAUGACAACGUAGACAUGACUGAGCCACCAUGUUUACUAGUAUCAUACAGUGUAGUCUUCACUUUAGGUGUAUUUAAUCUUAUGUUUGGUUAGGUUAGGUUAGGUUAGGUACUGAGUUCGUGUUUAUUGUG